ACCUGCUCGGUCGAUGCCAUUUCCCAACUAGCUCUCGCCUCUCGAGACGAGACCAGUAUUCCCGCUCUGUACUAGCAUGCCGCCCGUUGAGACACCGCCGGCCAUCAUGGAGUCGCCCGUCGACCGCCAAGUCCAAGGAGGCAAGCGCAAAAAGCUCUUCCUGGGUGUCGGCGCGCUCGUCAUCGUCGCCGCGGCCGCGACAGCCAUUGCCGUUGCGACGACCGCCAAGUCCAGCACGGCCUCGAAUGGCAACAGCGACAACACAGUCGUGACGCCGCAGCCGCCGUCGAUCGCGAUUCCGGUCCCCAGCGCGACCGGCGCGCCUGCGUCCGUCCUCAAGGUCAAGACGCCGCACAACAUCAAGAUGCCGCCCGUGCCGCCGGCCACGGACAUUCCGACCAAGCCCACGUGUCCAUCGAGUCGCAAGGCCGAGAAGGGCGACACGGUCUUCAUGACGCUCGACGACGGGCCGUCGAUCAAGGGCCGGAAGAACCUCCUCACGGCGCUCGCGCAAAUCAACCAAACGAUCAGCUUUUUCGAGUCGUCGUACAACUUUUGCGGCCCCGAGACGUUUUACGAGCAAGAAUUGCGCUGCGAAUCGCCGAGUCCGUACAGCGAAGUGACCGACCUCUUUGCCUAUACCAUCAAGGCCGGCCACUUUCUUGCUGCGCACUCCAACACGCACUACUACAACAACCAGUCGGCCUUGUGCGAGUACGCCAACAUGGCCAAGUUCACCAAGAUCGACGCGCAGUACGAAUCGUGCGGCAACACGCCGGUCGCCGACAUGGUUCGCGGCGCACUGCGAAUCCAGACGGCCCUCAACAACGAGUCGCUCUGGGACAACGAGAAGGAGUUUGGCAUGUACCAAAAGGCGAUGGCCAAUAUUUGGACUUACGCGCGGCUGCCGUGCACGAGUGCGUGGCGGCUCCCGGGCUACCAAAAAACGACACUCCUCGGUCACAAGGACGCGAUGCAGCCCGAGGCCGGCGCCCGCAAUGAUGUGGCCGACGCCAUGUUCAAGGGCUCGCUGCCGUGCCGGAACGAGACGUUCCAGAGCCAGCCGUGGUAUUCAAUUGGGUGGGACGUCGAGUGGCGCUGGGAGUCGCUCACCGAUAUGCAAGCGGCGAAAUGCGCCAUGUUCAAGACGAUUGAAGGCAACUUUGCGUGGGGCGGCCGCGACGCGCAGCGCAAGCAAGAGGUCGUUGUACUCGGCCACGACUACCAUUAUGACACGCCUGCCAAGGCCAAGAUGUACCGGGACCUCCUCGUCGAGCUCAAGCUCCAUGGGUAUGCGCUCGACACCGUCGACCACUUGAAGAUCUACACCUAACCCCAUCGCACGCAUCUACACGCC